AUGGCCCCGGGCUGGGCGGUGGCUGGGCUCCUGCUGCUGGCGGCGGCGAGCCUCGGAGGGGCGGCGGCGGGGCCCGGGCUCGCCUUCAGCGAGGAUGUGCUGAGCGUGUUCGGCGCGAAUCGGAGCCUGUCGGCGGCGCAGCUCCGGCACUUGCUCCAGAGGCUGGGAGCCGGCCCCGCGGAGGGCGCCCUGCAGCCGGCGCAGCUGCACUUCAACCAGGUAUUGCAGCUCAGAAUGUCUAAAACCAAACGGACCACCGUCCUUCAUGGGUUUCUCUGCCUGGGUUCCAUAAUCACACCGUGUUUGUCAGCCGAAGAGAUAUUUUCCCUUCAUGGCUUUUCAAAUGCUACCCAGAUAACCAGCUCGAACUUCUCCGUCAUCUGUCCAGCCGUCCUCCAGCAACUGAGCUUUCACCCCUGUGAUGAGCGGGCCAAACACAAAACCAAACCCAGUCAUUCCGAAGUUUGGGGAUAUGGAUUCCUGUCAGUGACAAUUAUUAAUCUGGCAUCUCUCCUCGGAUUGGUUUUGACUCCGCUGAUAAAGAAAUCUUACUUCCCCAAGAUUUUGACCUAUUUUGUGGGGCUGGCUAUUGGGACUCUAUUUUCAAAUGCAAUUUUCCAACUUAUUCCAGAGGCAUUUGGAUUCAAUCCCAAAACUGACAACUAUGUUGAGAAGGCCGUUGCUGUGUUUGGUGGUUUUUAUUUACUUUUCUCCUUUGAAAGAAUGCUUAAGAUGUUAUUAAAGACAUAUGGUCAGAAUGAUCACACCCACUUUAGAAAUGAUGACUUUGGUCCUUCUCCAGAAAAAACUCAUCAACCUAAAGCAUUACCCGCCACCAAUGGUGUGACAUGCUACUCAAAUCCAGCUGUCACGGAGCCUAAUGGACACAUCCAUUUUGAUGAUGUCAGUGUGGUAUCUCUCCAGGAUGAAAAAAAGGAGUCAAGCUCAUGUACCUGUUUGAAGGGGCCCAAACUGUCAGAAAUAGGGACAAUUGCCUGGAUGAUAACGCUCAGCGAUGCCCUGCACAACUUCAUCGACGGCCUGGCGAUCGGGGCCUCCUGCACCUUGUCUCUCCUCCAGGGGCUCAGCACUUCCAUUGCGAUCCUGUGCGAGGAGUUUCCUCACGAGCUGGGUGACUUUGUGAUCCUACUCAAUGCAGGAAUGAGCACCCGACAAGCCCUGUUGUUCAAUUUCCUUUCUGCCUGUUCCUGUUACCUUGGGCUAGCGUUUGGCAUUUUGGUGGGCAACAACUUUGCUCCAAAUAUUAUAUUUGCACUUGCUGGAGGCAUGUUCCUAUAUAUUUCUCUGGCGGACAUGUUCCCGGAGAUGAACGAUAUGCUGAGAGAAAAGGUAACUGGAAGAAAAACUGAUUUCACCUUCUUCAUGAUUCAGAACGCUGGAAUGCUAACUGGAUUCACAGCCAUUCUGCUCAUUACUCUGUAUGCAGGAGAAAUUGAAUUGGGUUAAUUGGAGAUGAAAGAUGGUGUUAUUGAUGAAGGCAUUUAAUAAAUGAAAACAUCUCCAAUGGGAUUUUAAGCUGAUCCUGCUUAGUUAAAAGAUAAUUUUUUUUUUCAACUGUAGGUCAAGGAAACUAGUUAUUGCUCUCAGAUCUGUGAAAUAGGCCAUUAUUUGUCAUUAAAAAUGUUUCAAAAGGUUAUCAGUUCCAGUCUGAAAAGCCUCUUAUGCAAGAUUUUUGCUAAAUACCUACUUUUUCUGUAUCAUACACAUUAGAAAAUCAUCACAAAGCAAGAACCAUGCAAUGUAUAGUCACUUAGACACCAAAACGCAGAGAAAAAUACAAGCUAGGUUGUAUAAGCUUUUAAACCUCUGUGGUAGGAUCAAACACUCACAUGGUUUCAGAAUGGUUUCCUUUGAACCAGUGUGUUCUGGUGCUUUCACGAGCAAGGACACCCAGACACGGAAGAAGAGCAAAACGCACACAGCCCGGAGACGGAUGGUUCCCAGGCCUGAUGCACCCCAGGAGCAAAGGGUUGCUCACAGCUUUUGUGGUUUUAUAUUUUAGUUAGGCAUUUAUAGGACUGUUUUGAAAACCAUCCAAUAUGAAUCAUGAAAUCAGUAAAGCUUUGCUAGCCCUAGUAAGUUGAGACUUUAUCUGCUGCUUUCUCUUUAAGGGGCAACACUGUCAGAUUUCACAAAAAGUAGGAAUUGCUCUGUAAGACUUAGGUCAUGGUUACUCCAAACCAGUGGCAGAGUAGUAUGGAAAGCUGGUGACUGACAACUCAGUUUUCAUGUACAGCGUGUUUGCUUUGUGAAGGUGAAGACUGUCGGUUUGGAGAAAGACAUUCAGUGUAAUUUGAGAUAAUUUUCUUUUAAAGAUGAACAUGAUUAUUUAGCCAAGGAUACUUUAAAUAAAUGCAAAAUGACAGCUGGACUGUGGUAUGUCAAGGACUGAUUAUAAAACAUAUGUUCCUUAUGGGACUGAGAGUCAUUCAGGAAAGGAUAUCUUAUGUGUUCAGUCUACAUUUUCCUGCAUGGUAUACUUCGGAAAAAGAAUUCUGUGCAUCAUGGUUAUUUUUCUACCUUUUAUAAGAUAGAGCUUAUUUUCUCAUUUAGUAGACAUAGAAAGUUGGUCUGAAAUUGACAUCCUAACCCCAAUUCACACUCCCAAGGCAUUUAAGGAAAGAUGAUUUGACAGUGAAGGAAAUGAUUUAUUACAGCCAAUAACAAUCUCAGGAAUUACAUUUUCCCACUGAGUGUAAAAUAGUGUCGCAUAGUAAUAAUGCAGAUCUGAUGGAUAUUUAACAUGUGUGAAUGUACAUUUCACUUUAUGACUGACAAUGAAAAAUUAUUGUUUGACCAAAUAGUAAACACCUUU